AUGUCUAGGAACGGGUCUAUCACACCUCAGGGGCAGCCCCGUCCAUCAUCCCAGACUUCAUCUAUCGGCUCGCAGCAGAAUACACCUCGGCCUCGUGUUGCAGCUCGCCAUUCAAGCAUGGAUGUGAACUCCAGUUCGGAGGCCGCUCUGCUUGACCCAAGAGUUGAAGCACAGCAGCUACAUACUACGCCGUCAGGUUCCGCCGCAACUAUGGCGUUUCCAAGUUCUUUUCUCCCAGCAACAAAUACUUCGAUUGGAGAUCAACCGAUGGAGUACGUACUUGAUACUCCAGCCAACAUAGAUCCUACGAAUAACCAGGUGACCGAGACCGAGGAGACGAGAAAUGGAACAAACGAGCCCCAACAAACGGACCAAGUGACACAGACAGAACCUUGGUGGGAGGCAUAUUCCAAGGUUAGAUCAUCUCAAGCGAAGACCAGAAAACAGGUGAAAGAACUCAAUGAGAAGUUGAAGCAAAGUUUGCGUGACGCCUCGUCUCUGGAAGACCGGGUGCAGUUAUUGGAAGCACAGCUUGGCGGAAGGCAAAACCGGCGUGGAUGA